AUGAACGGCUACGGCUCCCCCUACCUGUACAUGGGCGGCCCGGUGUCGCAGCCGCCGCGGGCGCCCCUGCAGCGCACGCCCAAGUGCGCGCGCUGCCGCAACCACGGCGUGCUGUCCUGGCUCAAGGGUCACAAGCGCUACUGCCGCUUCAAGGACUGCACCUGCGAGAAGUGCAUCCUCAUCAUCGAGCGGCAGCGGGUCAUGGCGGCGCAGGUGGCGCUGCGCAGGCAGCAGGCCAACGAGAGCCUCGAGAGCCUCAUCCCGGACUCCCUGCGCGCCCUGCCGGGACCCCCGCCGCCGCCGGGGGACGCCGCCGCCGCCGCCCCGCAGCCGCCGCCGCCCUCGCAGCCUUCGCAGCCGCCGCCGCGCCCCGCGGCCGAGUUGGCUGCGGCCGCCGCGCUGCGCUGGGCCGCCGAGCCCCAGCCCGCGGCGUUGCAGGCGCCGCUCGCCAAGCCAGAUCUGACCGAAGAGCGACUGGGGGACAGCGGCGCGGCUGAGAGCACAGAGACCUUCAGCGACAAGGACGCCGACCAGAGGAGCUCCCCGGACGUGGCCAAGAGUAAGGGCUGCUUCACCCCGGAGAGCCCCGAGAUCGUAGCGGUGGACGAGGGGGGCUACGCGGUUCAGAAAAACGGCGGCCACGCCGAGAGCCGCCCCGACAGCCCCAAGUUCCACGCGGAGCAGAACCACCUGCUGAUCGAGGGCCCCUCGGGGACCGUGACCUUGCCCUUCAGCCUGAAAGCCAACAGGCCGCCCCUGGAAGUGUUAAAAAAAAUAUUCCCCAACCAGAAGCCGACGGUGCUGGAGCUGAUCCUGAAGGGCUGCGGCGGCGACCUGGUGGGCGCCGUGGAGGUGCUGCUGUCCAGCCGCUCGUCCGCCUGCGCCGCCGACAGAACUGCGGCCGAGCCCGACGCGCUGGUGCUGCCCCCCGGCGGCCACCUCUUCGAACACAGCCUGAGCUCCUACCCCAUCUCCUCCUCCAAGUGGUCGGUGGGCUCGGCCUUCAGGGUCCCCGACACGCUGAGGUUUUCGGCCGACUCUAGUAACGUUGUCCCCAACCCCCUGGCGGUGCCCCUGCAGCACCCCUUCCCCCAGCCGCCCCGGUACCCGCUGAUGCUGAGGAACACCUUGGCCAGGAACCAGUCGAGCCCCUUUUUGCCCAGCGACGUCACCCUGUGGAACACGAUGACGCUGCAGCAGCAGUACCAGCUGAGGCCCCAGUACGUGGGCCCCUUCCCCGCCAGCUCCGCCGGCGUCUUCCGGAGCUCGCCCGUGCUCCCCGCGCGCGCCCCCGAGGACCCCCGCGUCCCCAUCCCCGACGACGCCUGCCCCAUGGUGGCCAAGCAGGCCGUCUACGCCGAGGAGGACUACGACGAGCGGUCCGACUCCUCGGACUCCAGAAUACUCAACACAUCCUCUUAA